CCCACUGCCAUUGAACGCAGCAGUCCUCCUCCUGAUUCUGUGCGUCUUUUCUCUGGAAGGAAACAAAGAAACAUCAGAGAGCGCAACAAUGUUGCAGUCUGACAUAUUCAGGAUCAUCUGCGACAAUCAAGGAUCUGUGGACACCGACUACCUGAUCUAUAAUCUGGGUUUAGGUGAUUCUAUGAAUGAGGUUAUUAGUGACAGAGAGAAAUUUGCUCUGUGUUGUCCUUUUGGACAGCCUAAGGUGGUGGUCCGGACUGGACUGAGACUGUGUCGAACCAGGGACUGUCCUGGAGCCUGCAGUGGACUUCACCUGUGUAAGAAGUUCUUCUUCUCUGGUUCCUGUCCUUUCACUGGGUCCAGGAGAGGAUGCAAAUUCUCCCACGACCUGCACUCCUAUCACAACUUUGCGCUACUGACAGCGCACGAGCUGGACAGUCUCAGCCUCACGGAGCUGCGCACGCUGCUGAUGCAGAGCGACAACUGGCUCCUGCCUCAGAUAUGUCAUAAUUACAACAACGGUGGCGGGGAGUUCGGCCUGUGUAAGGAUGGUCAUGCUUGCCGUAGGAUGCACAUCUGCGAGAAGUACAUGAACCGCGACUGCAACUGCUCCAAGACUCACGAUUUCAAAGCUCCGCAGCCGUACAAGAACCUGCACGAGAGAUUCGUGCCGGACGAACUCAUUCAGUCCUUGAAGUCUGUUUACGCAAACAUAUUGGCUUUGAAGUACGUCGACAGGCAGGCCGAUGGGGGCAACCGUGAACAGCAGCAACCAAACGCAGACGCGAGCAGCGACGAUGGUUUGCAACAGAGGGAGUGGUACGGUGGGAGAGGGAGAGGUGGUAACAGGGGCAACUGGGGCAACAGGGGAAACAGAGGCAACAGGGGCAACAGAGGCAACAGAGGCAAUAGAGGCAAUAGAGGCAAUAGAGGCAACAGAGGCAACGGGGGCAACGGGGGCAACGAUCAACAGCAGCAACCAACCUGUUCCACUAAUGACGACCUUCCUGACAUCGAUGCCUUUGAUCUGUACAGUGAAGAUGGACAGAGGGACUGGUUUUCCACCACUGUCAGCUAUGCUGACGCCAACGACACCGAUGCAAGCAGCGACGACGGUCAGAACAGAAAACAAAAUCCAGAUAAAACUUCGACUGCCGUCAGAGGGAGAGGAGGCAACAGGGGCGACCGUCAUCAGCCGCAACGAACCCGUUCCACUGCUGACAUCCCCGGUGCUGUCAACAACACUGAUGAUGGACCGAACAGAAGACAAAGAACUGGGCCUGUUCGAGAUAAAACUGAGAUAUGCAUGUACUUCGUCAAAGGACACUGUAUACAUGAUGACGAGCGAUGCUUUAAAGUUCACACCAAGAUGCCGUACAGAUGGGAGGUCAGAGAGGAUGAUAAAUGGACUCCCUUGCCUGAUAAUGAGACCAUUGAGAAGGACUACUGUGACCCCAAAAACACAUACAGUGGCAGCAGCCCACAAGUGCAUUUUGACACGAUGACCCGUGGAUCGGACAAAGUACGACGGGUCUCUACCGCAAAUUCUCUGCUUGAGCCGACCUUCAUCCACACCACCGUGUGGCUUUGGCACUGGGAGGACCAGCACGGAAAGUGGAACGUGUACGCUUCAGCUGGCGGUGGACACAACCUAGCAGACAUGGACAGCCAUAAACUGGAGCAGAAGUUUCUGGCCGAUGACAAAGAUGUGGUGGCCUUCACCGCCGGUUCACAGUCAUACUCGCUCAGUUUCCAAGACAUGAUACAAACAAACACGCAGUAUGGCACUAAGAGGCUCGUGAAAAGACGGCCGCAGUUUGUCUCUGCGGCUGACGUCCAAAACAAGAAAGUGAGACGGCCUGCUGGUCUAGCAAAUUUCACCUCAAUGCCCGACCGCUGGGACAAGACACAGACUCCCGAAACAGGAUACAGGCGAGUCCCCCUCCAGCGUUCCUCAGACGAAUUUAAGGAGAUUGAAACUCUUUUCUGUCAAACUAUGAGAGGCUAUGACAUCGUCAAAAUAGAGAGGAUUCAGAACAAACCUCUUUGGGAAGUCUUUCAGUGGCAGAAAAAUCAGAUGACGAACAGCAACAAGGGGCGCAAUGUGACAGAAAAACAGCUCUUUCAUGGCACUGACUCUAAAUACGUAGACGUCAUCUGCCACACCAACUUUGACUGGAGGAUCUGUGGAAUUAAUGGAACUGCUUUUGGCGAAGGUAGUUAUUUUGCCCGGGACGCAAAAUACUCCCACAACUACACUGGUACCACUCAUGUCAAAUCCUUGUUCAUCUCACGGGUGCUGGUGGGAGACUACACCAGAGGGUCGUCCAGCUACCGCCGACCUCCUUCCAAGGACGGCGGGGACAUAAACUUCUUUGACAGCUGCGUAGACGACGUCACGAACCCUUCCAUCUUUGUUGUGUUUGAGAAGCACCAGAUCUACCCCGAGUACCUGCUGGAGUACAAGACCAUGCACCCACUUGUUGCCUCAUAUGGUUCUGGUGCUGCGGCAGCACCGGCACCAGCACCAGCACCGGCACCAGCACCGGCACCGGCACCGAGACAAGCUGCCCAACCCAGUUGGGCAACAUCAUCAGUUUAUCAACUCGGUACAUCAGUUACUCAACCCAGCACACCCAAAUACCAACCCAGUACAUCAGUUACUCAACCCAGCACACCCUCAUACCAACCCAUCACAGACCCAUUCAGAACCAUUACAGACCCAUUCAGACCCAGCACAGACCCAUUCAGACCCAGCACAGACCCAUUCAGACCCAGUACAUCAGUUACUCAACCCAGCACACCCAAAUACCAACCCAGUACAUCAGUUACUCAACCCAGCACACCCAAAUACCAACCCAGUACAUCAAGUACUCAACCCAGCACACCCUCAUACCAACCCAGCACAGACCCAUUCAGAACCAUUACAGACCCAUUCAGACCCAGCACAGACCCAUUCAGACCCAGCACAGACCCAUUCAGACCCAGUACAUCAGUUACUCAACCCAGCACACCCAAAUACCAACCCAGUACAUCAGUUACUCAACCCAGCACACCCAAAUACCAACCCAGUACAUCAAGUACUCAACCCAGCACACCCUCAUACCAACCCAGCACAGACCCAUUCAGAACCAUUACAGACCCAUUCAGACCCAGCACAGACCCAUUCAGACCCAGCACAGACCCAUUCAGACCCAGUUCAUCAGUUACUCAACCCAGCACACCCAAAUACCAACCCAGUACAUCAGUUACUCAACCCAGCACACCCAAAUACCAACCCAGUACAUCAGUUACUCAACCCAGCACACCCAAAUACCAACCCAGUACAUCAGUUACUCAACCCAGUACACCCUCAUACCAAGCCAGCAAAGACCCAUUCAGAACCAUUACAGACCCAUUCAGACCCAGCACAGACCCAUUCAGACCCAGUUCAUCAGUUAUUCAACCCAGCACACCCAAAUACCAACCCAGUACAUCAGUUACUCAACCCAGCACACCCAAAUACCAACCCAUUACAUCAGUUACUCAACCCAGCACACCCAAAUACCAACCCAGUACAUCAGUUACUCAACCCAUUACACCCAAAUACCAACCCAGUACAUCAGUUACUCAACCCAGCACACCCAAAUACCAACCCAUUACAUCAGUUACUCAACCCAGCACACCCAAAUACCAACCCAGUACAUCAGUUACUCAACCCAGCACACCCAAAUACCAACCCAGUACAUCAAUUACUCAACCCAGCACACUCAAAUACCAACCCAGUACAUCAGUUACUCAACCCAGCACACCCAAAUACCAACCCAGUACAUCAGUUACUCAACCCAACACACCCAAUUACCAACCCAGUACAUCAGUUACUCAACCCAGCACACCCAAAUACCAACCCAUUACAUCAGUUACUCAACCCAGUACACCCUCAUACCAACCCAGCACCGACCAAUUCAGAACCAGCACAGACCCAUUUAGACCCAGCACAGACCCAUUCAGACCCAGCACAGACCUAUUCAGACCCAGUACAUUAGUUACUAAACCCAGCACUGACCCAUUCAGACCCAGCACAGACCGAUUUAAACCGAGUACAGACCCAUUCAGACCCAGUACAUCAGUUACUCAACCCAGCACACCCUCAUACCAACCCAGCACAAACCCAUUCAGACCCAGUACAUCAGUUACUCAACCCAGUACACCCUCAUACCAACCCAGCACAAACCCAUUCAGACCCAGUACGUUAGUUACUCAACCCAGUACACCCUCAUACCAACCCAGCACAAACCCAUUCAGACCCAGUACGUUAGUUACUCAACCCAGUACACCCUCAUACCAACCCAGCACAAACCCAUUCAGACCCAGUACGUUAGUUACUCAACCCAGCACACCCUCAUACCAACCCAGCAGAACAGUUAUGCAACCCACCAGGGCAUCUCCUCUGCCUUCUCCAACAAGCCCGCGCCCAAAGUAAAAUGAUUCCUGUGUCAUUGCUUACGGACACAGGUGAAGGGAGGCAGGUGUUUUUUUAAUAGUUUAAUGACAUUAGAAGGAGCUUGAUGGUGGUUGCGCAGAAUGCUCUGGCAACGAGUAGAGUGACUUUUAUGCAGU